CGGCCCUGUUGUUGAGUUUGUUAUGACAAGUCGGGGCCUCGGACUAAAUUAGGAGCGAAGCCCUGUCUCUGUCCGGGCGAAUCUGAGAUGGAGAGCAUGGAACUGGACCUGGACCUGGACCAGGAGCUCAUGCAGAAAUUUAGCUGCAUGGGUACAACAGACAAAGAUAUCCUAAUAUCGGAAUUCCAGAGGCUCCUUGGGUUUCAGCUAAACCCCGCCGGAUGCGCCUUCUUUCUGGACAUGACCAACUGGAAUUUACAAGCAGCCAUCGGAGCCUACUAUGACUUUGAGAGUCCCAACAUCAGUGCUCCGUGCAUGUCCUUUGUGAGCGAUGUGACGAUUGGUGAGGGAGAAUCAGUUCCACCAGACACUCCUUUCACAAAGACCUGGAGAGUACAGAACACAGGUGCAGAGUCAUGGCCUCCUGGGGUUUGUCUGAAGUAUGUCGGAGGAGAUCAGUUUGGGCAUGUAAACAUGGUGAUGGUGCGGUCUCUAGACCCUCAGGAAAUGGCUGAUGUUAGUGUGCAGAUGCAUAGCCCUGCGUCUCCUGGCAUGUACCAGGGCCAGUGGAGAAUGUGCACAGCCACCGGACUUUACUAUGGAGAUGUCAUUUGGGUGAUCCUGAGUGUGGAGGUUGGAGGCCUCCUUGGCGUCACACAGCAGCUUUCCUCUUUUCAAGCGGAGUUCAACACUCAGCCUCACCGCAGCCUGGAAGGAGAUUACAACCCCUUCGCCUCGCCAGAGAAGAGCAAGUGCCCCAACAGCAACAACAACAGCCUCCACGAUGCCAGCGGUCACAGGGUCGCAGAGGAACAUUGGCAGGGAAGCCCUAACCAGCUGCAGCAAGAGCAGAAUGGACUUUCACACAACUCUGUGGAUAUUGUAGCAAACAGUCUACAAAGCAAUCUAUCAGUAGUCGCUUAUAACCAGGGUAUACAGGAGCCCUAUCCUUUUGGGCAAUCUUAAAUCAUGGGACUUAUCACAGUGAAGCAGCACCAAACCUCUGGAGUCUGUCACACCAAUAAGUAGCUGGUCGAGAGUGUGGAGAUUCAAAAACACUUUAUGCAAAGUCCAGCUACACUUUGAGAAACCAGAGGCCAACGCUCCCGACGUGCAGCUCAACCAACACCCCACGACCCACUGUAUGCACGUGUGAAUGCUAAGUUAAAAACGAGUGCUAUGAGUCUUUUGAGUGAUUUGAGUCUCUCUUUUUUUUCAGAUCUUUUUUAGUUGUCAGAGUGCAAAUGAAGCAAUGAUGACAGGAGUGGGUAUUUGUGAAUUGUGUGUAUAUGUGUGUGUGUGUGUGUGCGCAUUGUGCAACCUGAAAGAGAGACUUUGGAGGAAAAGCCAUUUAUUUUGCCAACUGAUUCUCCAGUUUCUGCUAAAUAUGGGCAUAUCUGAAACAAACUAUUGGAUAUCAUUGUUUACUUUUUAUCUUAAUUUUUUAAUAUACACUUUUUUUUAAGAGAAGGGGAACAGCCACAUCCUUCAGAAAUAUAUCUGAAGCUGAUUCAACAUGGCCUGUGCUGUAUGGGCAAUCGUUUACCUACUAUUUUAAAUGGGAUGCAAUUUUGUCCACUCGAGGGAGUCAGCCAUUACAUUAGAAACAAGAUAAGAGAAGAUAAAAUCAACACUGAGAAAUAGAACUCUUAUUUACAGUAUAGCUCCUAUGAUUUAAGUCUUCAUCAUUGUACAGAAACAUUUUUCUCUUAAGCUAGAAUCUGGAGCCAACUAUUUUAUUAUACCUUCUGUAGUCAAACAUGAUAAAGGGUUUUUUCUUCCCCCACACAUUGCUGGUACUUUUGCAUAUAAACAUCUAUGAAAUAUUAGAAGAAUAUUAGCAGAAUAUUCAUUAUUAGUAAUAAUGCAGUAUUAGAGAUUUCCUGUUAUUAUCUGAAGCUAAGAUUUAGUUUAGUUUUACAUGCUUGAAUUAAAAUUAAACAACACAACAACAUGAUGAAUGCACACUAUGACAUAAGACAUUGAAUUCAAGCCAUAUGAACAGCAGUAAAAACAUUAUGAUACAUUAUAAAAAAAAACAUAAUUGUUCUUUGUCACCCUGCUCUGAAUUGUAAUUUUAAAGCUGUCUUGAAGCUGUCUGUUUUAUCAUAUUAAGUUGAAUGUAUUUGAUGAAUGUAGAAAAAGAUAAUGUUUUUGGAAAUAUAUUAAUUUACCCAAAGAUUCGACGUUGUAUAUUUGCAUCUAACUGGCAGUUUUAUGAGUGUAGUUAUUGUUCUGAAUAUCCCUGUCUAUUGUUAAAAAUGAUGCGUGUGUUCUCACUAACCAUCGAUGAGCUUCUUAAACACAUUUGAACAUUUGUUUGAUCAUUUCAGAUGCAAACUUACCUGCACCAGUGACAUUACCAUGAAGUGACAGACUGAUGUUGUCUCGCAGAAUUGUUAAUGCACAUUUACUUGCACUAACCAGCUGAUCUAUGCACUGAGUAAUGCAACCUCCAUCACAAGGCCCGUGUGUACCUUUCUCCUCCACAAGUACAGUUAAGUCCUGAAGGGUUUGUCAAGUCAAUGUGAUUUUAUCUUAUCAUCCACAGACAGUGUGUAGGACCCCCUUGUCAGGUGAACACCCUUCAUUAUUGAGGCACUAACUGUGAGCCCCGGGGUUACUGAGCUUUGACAGCAUGACAAUACCAGCCAAUACUUCAACAUGUCAUGCGGAUCUCUGUGCAUUAGCUGUGCAAAAAUGUUAAUGAUAAAUGUUUCUCCCUGCUGUCAAAUGUAUCCGCUGUCAACGCCAAUUCAUCAGGUGUAUUUUGUUAUUAGUGUAAUAUCUCUCUGAGGUUUCCACUGGCCAGAUUGCAGAAUGAAUCAGUUGGCAUUAAGACUCUUACAACAGCACAUUUAUGAGAGUGAGGAAGUGCAAACAGAUGAACGCUUUUUUUUCCUGUGUGUUUGAAGAAUGUUUGUAUGAUUAAAUUAUCACUGAAGACUGAC